AUGAUCAAUAACACCCUGCUAUCCUCAAGUGCUGCUUCGGCUAGAGACUGCCCACCUAUGACAGUGACCUACCGUCUUCAGGGUUUGGAUGGUGAAGCCACUGAGCCCAUGAUAAAAGAGUUAGAGGAGGAUAGGGAGGAAUCACAAGAUCCAGAACUGGAAUUUGCCAUAGCUGGUGCAGUACGAGAAUGUGGUGGCUUGGAGAUCUUGUUGGGAAUGAUCCAGCCACUGCAAGAUGAUUUCAAGUCAAACCAUGAGCAGUUGGUUGCAGUUCUGGAUCUCCUCAUGCACUGCUGUAGGAUAAGGGAGAACAGACGUGCCUUAUUAAAGCUUGGAGCUUUAGGCCUUCUUCUUGAAACAGCAAGGCGUGCUUUCUCUGUGGAUGCUAUGGAGCCAGCAGAAGGUAUCCUUCUGAUUGUAGAAAGUCUGACUCUGGAGGCUAAUGAGAGUGAUAACAAAAGCAUUACGCAGAGUGCCCUUACUGUUAGCAACGAGAAAACGGGCACGGGAGAAGAGGCAAAGAAAAUAGUUCUCAUGUUUCUGGAAAGAUUGUGCCACCCUUCUUCGGGCCUCAAGAAAUCAAACAAACAACAGAGGAACACUGAGAUGGUUGCUAGAAUUUUGCCCUAUCUAACUUAUGGAGAACCUGCUGCGAUGGAAGCACUUGUUGAGCACUUCAACCCGUACUUGCAAGACUGGAUGGAAUUCGACAACUUGCAAAAAGAGCAUGAAGAUAAUCCAAAGGACGACAUCAUCACUGAGAAGGCAGCCAAGCAGAGGUUCACCAUAGAAAACUUUGUUCGGGUUUCGGAAUCGCUGAAGACAAGUUCUUGUGGGGAACGGUUGAAGGACAUAAUUGUGGAGAAGGGAAUUACAGAUACUGCUGUUAGGCAUUUGAGGGAAAGCUUCGCUGUAGCAGGUCAGGCUGGUUUCAAAUCUACUGCGGAGUGGGCAUUGGGUCUAAAACUGCCAUCUGUUCCUCUUAUACUAUCUAUGCUGAGGGGAUUGUCAAUGGGGCAUUUCGCAACCCAAAGGUGCAUCGAUGAGGGACGUAUCUUACCACUGCUCCACACUCUAGAAGGAGUGUCUGGGGAAAACGAGAUUGGGGCCAGGGCUGAGAACUUGUUGGAUACACUGUCUAAUAAGGAGGGGAAAGGCGAUGGCUUCUUAGAAGAAAAGGUGCACGAGUUGCGUCGUGCCACCAAGGAUGACAUGAGGCGCCGAGCUCUGAGAAAGAGAGAGGAAAUGCUUCAGGGGCUUGGAAUGAGGCAAGAACUGUCUUCAGACGGUGGCGAGAGAAUAGUUGUCGCAAGGCCUAACCUAGAAGGUCUGGAAGACGUGGAGGAAGAAGCAGAUGGCUUGGCAUGCAUGGUAUGUCGAGAAGGCUACAGCUUGAGGCCGAACGACUUGCUGGGCGUUUACACAUUCAGCAAGAGGGUGAAUCUUGGUGCUGGGAAUUCAGGAAGUGCUCGUGGUGAAUGUGUUUACACUACUGUCAGUUAUUUCAACAUUAUUCAUUUCCAGUGCCAUCAGGAAGCGAAAAGAGCAGAUGCUGCAUUGAAAAAUCCCAAGAAAGAGUGGGAGGGAGCUACACUCAGAAACAAUGAGUCCCUCUGCAACUCCUUGUUCCCGAUUAGAGGUCCACUUGUUCCAUUAUCGCAGUAUACCCGUUACGUGGACCAGUUCUGGGACAACCUUAAUGCCCUUGGACGAGCUGAUGGGAGCCGGCUUCUACUACUAACUUACGAUGUUGUGCUGAUGCUUGCCCGAUUCGCAACUGGAGCAUCUUUCAGUACAGAAAGCAGGGGUGGAGGGAGGGAAAGCAACUCUCGUUUCCUACCCUUCAUGGUCCAAAUGGCGCAUUACCUCUUCGAACAAGGAAGCUCAUCCCAGCGUCGGAACAUGGCGAAAACCAUCUCGUCAUAUAUAACUUCCUCUCCUUCGGACUCCAAAUCCUCUGUUCUUGCAGCAGCACAUCCUGUCAUGGGAACAGAAGAGACUGUGCAGUUCAUGAUGGUCAACUCCCUCCUCUCGGAAUCCUAUGAGUCCUGGCUGCAACAUCGCCGUGCCUUCUUGCAGCGUGGAAUAUACCACGCGUACAUGCAGCACACCCAUGGGCGAUCAUCCACAUCCCGUACAUCGAAAGAAGCAAGUACCAGUGGCUCAUCGAGCCAAGACGGGCCCGAUGAGCUGCUGUCCAUCGUUUGGCCUAUGCUGGUCUACUCGGGGUUGAUAGAGCAGAUGCAACGGUUCUUCAAGGUGGUGAAGAAAGGGUCGUCGAGCGGGCCAUCAGACAGGAGCGGAGAGGACAGUGGCGAAAACAUGGAAGCUUGGGAGUUGGUGAUGAGAGAACGGCUGCUGAAAGUGAGAGAGAUGCUAGGGUUCUCGAAAGAGCUGGUGUCUUGGUUGGAGGAGAUGAACUCCGCCACCGAUUUGCAGGAGGCCUUCGACAUAAUCGGGGUCCUGCCCGACGUGUUGUCUGGUGGGAUUGUGAGAUGUGAAGAUUUUGUGCAUGCUGCGAUUGAGGCGGGAAAGAACUGGGUUGUGCCGAGGACGAGCAUCAACUGUAUUCGUUUGAGUGCCUACUAG